AUGGAGAGCCAAAGGUCUGUAUCGGAGAUUGAGCUUGCGAUUGAGAUACCAAUACCCUCCAUUAAUCCGACGACGGGAGAUCAUCGCCACCAUGUCUCUGUCGUGGUUGCUCAAAGAUCUCUGUCCUCCAUCUUAACCAAAUUCCAUGCAGGUUAUUUCAGGAUUAGUCUCUCUCUUGGUGGACUAGCCUUACUGUGGAAGACGCUCCUGGAGCCAACUUAUCAUAGUUCAACAAUUCUUCGUCACAUGCCUCAUGUGAUAUACCCAACUGCUGUUAUUGUGCUGUGGUCUUCUGCUUUCUUGACCCUAGUUAGACUCUCUCUCCUCUACAUCUUGAGGUGCUUCUUCCGCUUUAGCAUGGUGAAGAAAGAGUUCUUGCACCACGUUGGAGUGAACUACCAAUUUGCUCCUUGGAUUUCAUGGCUGCUCUUACUUCAAUCAGCUCCGUUUGUCGCUCGGAAAAACGCCUCGUAUCAAGUUCUUUGGUGGGUUUUUGCAGUUCCGAUUGUGGUGCUCGAUGUGAAAAUCUACGGCCAGUGGUUCACAAAGGGAAAGAGAUUUCUAACGGCGGUGGCAAAUCCGACGAGCCAGAUAUCGGUGAUCGGAAACUUGGUUGGGGCCAGUGCCGCCUCCCAGAUGGGGUGGCAAGAGGUGGCGGUGUGCUUCUUUUCUCUAGGAAUGGUUCAUUACUUGGUACUUUUUGUUACUCUUUAUCAGAGGCUAUCUGGUGGUGAUCGGCUUCCGGCGAUGCUACGGCCUUUGUUUUUCUUGUUCUUCGCAGCGCCGAGCAUAGCGAGUCUGGCUUGGGACUCCAUAGCUGGAACCUUCGAUACUGCUUCAAAGAUGCUGUUCUUUCUCUCUCUCUUCCUCUUCGCGUCACUGAUUUGCAGGCCGGCCCUUUUCAAGAAAUCAAUGAGAAGGUAUAAUGUGGCAUGGUGGGCUUACUCUUUCCCCAUAACAGAGCUGGUUCUAGCUUCAACAAGAUAUGCACAGCAGGUGAAUGGUAGAAUAGCUCAGGCCAUAAUGCUCAUUCUCUCAGUCCUCUCUGUUCUGGUCGCUGCUGGUUUGGUAGUUUUUACUGCACUCAACACUAAAAUGCUUUUACCUGAUGAUGAUCCCAUUCUCACUCUUCCCAUUCAUUCACCAAGAGCAACAUGA